AUGCAGAUUUUCCUCUUCCUGGUGUUUUUAGUUGUCUACCUAAUCACGCUUUUGGCAAAUAUGGUGAUCAUGCUGGUGAUAAGGGCUGAUCCUCACCUUCACACCCCAAUGUACUUCUUCCUAUCUCAUUUAUCCUUUGUUGAUAUCUGCUAUUCCUCAGACUUUGUCCCUAAGAUGUUGGUGCAUUUCUUAGCAGAGCACAAAACCAUUUCUGUCAAUAGCUGCAUUACACAGAUGUUCUUCAUUUUCCUGCUAACUGUUACAGAAGAUUGUAUUCUCUCAGCAAUGGCUUAUGACCGCUACGCUGCCAUAUGUGACCCAUUACGUUACACGAAUACAAUGAGCAAAGGAAUCUGUUUUCAGCUAGUGAGUGCUGCAUGGGUGAUAGGCUUCAUAGAUGCCCUGUUUAACACAGUUUUUGCCCUCAAGCUGCAUUUCUGUGGGUCCAAUCAAAUCAACCAUUUCAGCUGUCCACUCCCUAGUCUAUUACCUCUGUCCUGCACUGAGACCCUCACCAAUCAAGUACUGCUUUUUACUUCUCUUGUGAUAUUUGAAUCAAGGUCCUUUCUCCUCACCCUGAUCUCCUACAUUCAUAUCAUCUCCACCAUCCUGAGGAUACACUCUGCGGACGGCAGGCGUAAAGCCUUCUCCACCUGCAGCUCCCACCUGUUUGUGGUUGGUUUGUUGUUGACAGCUUUUUUCCAAUACACAAAACCCAACUCAGUCUCAUCUGUGGUUCUGGAUGAAAUGUUCUCCAUCCAAUACAGCAUCUUCACUCCCAUGUUAAACCCCAUUGUCUACAGCCUGAAAAACAAGGAGGUGAAAACAGCUAUAGGGAAAAUGUUGGAGAAAUUCAAAUUUUUCAAGUAAUGUCGAUUUUAUUUAAAAGCAAACGAACAAAACAAAGCGCAUAGAACUGUGGAUAACUUGUGUUUGGCAUCUGGCACUGGCAUCUGACACUUUGGGCCAAAGCCUCAGCUGGUCUGAAUCAGUGCGGCUCCAUUAAACUCAGCAGGCCAUAUCCCCAUUGGGUAGAAGAGACACUGGAGCCAAGGGAACGAGAUCCUGGGUCUCCAUCUAGGGUGAGUUAUAUAAGCACCAGGAUCUAGAGCCAUUCAUGUGCUCUCUUUCUCUCUUUGUGCCAAUAUCUCUUUCAAUCUGACCCACUGUCUUCAAUGGAGCUAUGGUCAAUUUAUACCACUUGAGGAUCUGGCCAGUUCUAUGAAAAGAACAUCUUUGUCUAUUGCGUUCUGUAGUUCUUCCAGAGUAUUUUGUUGAAAACCCUAUUUAAUAUCGGUAGUAUUUUAUAGGAUUCCUCCCUAUUAAUAUCUCUGUCUCCAACAAUAAUUAAUAAUGAGUGUGUUCCCUAGCUGGGCCAAGAUGCACAAAGGAAUUAAUGCUCUGUUAGGAGAGAUUGAGUCAUAGAUCAGGUAUCCCAUACCGCAGUGGUUAGGGCCCCCACAUGGGAGGAAGCAGAUCCCUUUUUAAAACCUUUCUCCUUACCAAGCAUUUGAAGAGGGUCUGCUACAGCCCUAACUGCUAGGAUAAAAGCUGAGUGGUUUUCUCCACCUAAUUCCUCCUCCUUCUCUCCCCUCUCUCACCAUGGUUUCUUGCCACCUUAGGUGGGGUUAGAGACUUCUCAGCUGAGAAUCCCAAGGCAAAAGAGGUGUGCUCCCACUGAGAAAAUAGGAACUGAACUCCUGUGACAGCUGCGGGAUUUAGAAUACAACCCUCUACUUGGCCUUUCCCAUUGCCUAAGGAACCUUCUAUCAUGUUUUAAAAUCUCAUUCUUAG